GCAUUGUACCCCACAAUAAUGAUAACAAUAGUCUGGGCUGUCUGCUUAGAACCGGGGCGUCUUACGCGGCUUGCAGCGCGGUGCCUCCCGCGUGUCCGACAGCGCAUUUGCUCUCAUCUCGGGUUUUCAGCGCUAUAACGUCAGGAGCGGAGCCAGCUGUCUGAUGCUGCGGGAUCUGUCCUACAUCGCGCCUUAUGAUGAUCGCUGCGGCGUUUUUGGUGCUGCUGAGGCCGUACAGUAUUCAAUGUGUGCUGCUACUGCUGUUGCUUUUGCUCGGGACUAUUGCGACUAUUCUGUUUUUCUGCUGCUGGCAUCGCAGGCUUCAUAAUGGGAAGCAUCCAAUGAAAUCUGUGCUCUCCGGUCGCCCCAGGAGCCGCGUUGGCCUGCGAACGCAUCAUUUUCGAUCAGAGGGCUUCAGGCACAGUCCACGUCACGCCAAAAGGACUGUAUAUGCUCGAGUAACAGAGGAAAAGCCCAAUCUGGUUGAGGUUCCAGAGAGCGAACCAGAUUCCUCAUCGACUCUAAGAAAACGCAAAGUAAAGAAAAGAGUUCUACCGGAAUUUUACCAGUCUGUACAAGUCACACCAACACGCAAACCUAGCUCCAGCUCGGGGAACCCUUCCCUGCACUGCUCCAUGUCUUCCUCGGCGGAUAUCUCGGACGAGGAUGAUUACAGUGUUAAAUCUGGGUCGGCAUCACCUGCCCGCGGUGACACGUUACCCUGGAACCUGCCCAGGCACGAGCGGUCCAAGAGGAAAAUCCAGGGAGGGUCGAUACUGGACCCGGCGGAGAGAGCCGUGCUCAGGAUCGCAGAUGAACGGGACAGAGUACAGAAGAAGACAUUCACAAAAUGGAUUAAUCAGCACCUGCUGAAGGUACGGAAGCACAUAAAUGAUCUGUAUGAAGACCUACGAGAUGGACAUAACCUGAUCUCACUGCUGGAGGUUUUGUCUGGAGACACAUUGCCAAGGGAGCGUGAUUUUCUGAAGACAUUGCGGUUGGUGAGUGGGACAGAAGCAUGUGCGGUUGAGCAGCAUGGAGACACGGUGGAUGAUGAUAAGGGGCCUCGUGAGAGAGGGAGGAUGCGCUUCCACAGACUCCAGAAUGUACAAAUAGCACUGGACUAUUUAAAGAGGCGGCAGGUUAAACUUGUAAAUAUCAGGAAUGACGACAUCACAGACGGGAACCCAAAACUGACACUGGGACUAAUCUGGACCAUCAUCUUGCACUUUCAGAUCUCGGAGAUUCACGUGACGGGGGAAUCCGAGGACAUGACAGCCAAGGAGAGGCUACUGCUCUGGUCCAAGCAGAUAACGGACGGAUAUGUGGGAGUACGAUGUGACAACUUCACAAGCUCGUGGAGGGAUGGGAGGCUUUUUAAUGCCAUCAUUCAUAAGUACAGGCCAGACCUGAUCGACAUGAGCCAUGUCUCUACACAAACCAACCGAUCCAAUCUAGAGCAAGCGUUUUGUGUAGCUGAACAGUUGGGGGUGGCCAGACUGCUGGACCCCGAGGACGUCGAUGUUCAGUCUCCUGAUGAGAAAUCAGUCAUCACGUACGUCUCAACACUGUAUGAUGCCUUCCCCAAAGUACCCGACGGUGCCGAUGGAGUCAGUCCUAAUGAUGUGGAUAUCAAAUGGGUGGAGUACCAGAACAUGAUCAAAUACCUCAGCCAGUGGAUCAAACACAACGUGGCCAUAAUGUCCGACAGAUCAUUCCCCAACAACCCUGCGGAGCUCAAGGCACUUUAUACGCAGUAUCUGCAAUUCAAAGAGCACGAAAUACCACUGAGAGAAAAUGAAAAGACGAAAAUCAAAACUCUCUACAAAAUGCUUGAGAUGUGGAUCGAGUUUGGACGUAUUCGCUUACCCCCGGGUCAUCAUCCCAACGACGUGGAGAAGGAAUGGGGUAAAUUAAUUGUUGCCAUGCUGGAGAGGGAGAAGAGCCUGAGGCCCGAGGUGGAAAGGAGAACGGUCCUCCAGAGCCUUGCUGUGAGGAGGCUUGAGAUGCUGCAGCAGAUUGCAAACAGGGUUCAGCGGGACCGUGGUAACGGCGAGGAUAAACUGGCUUUGGCACGAACAGCAUUGCAGUCUGAUGCCAAACGUCUGGAGUCUGGUAUCCAGUUCCUGAACGAAGCUGAGAUCGCUGGAUACCUGUUGGAAUGUGAGACUAUUCUCAGACAGCAGGUUGUGGACAUCCAGAUUCUCCUAGAUGGGAAGUUCCCCUUUGCAGAUCAGCUUGUCCAAAGGGUAUCAAAACUCCGGGAUGACUUUCUAGCCCUCAAAGCCGAGUGUUCAUCUGUGUACAGCAAAGGUCGCACCCUGACCACAGAACAAACCAAAAUGAUGAUCUCGGGCAUCACGCAAAGCCUCAACUCGGGCUUCUCCCAGAACAUCGGCGCAAACCUGACACCAGCCCUGACUAAUUCACUCACCCCGGAUGGCUUAGGCACCCCUGGGUCCACGUUCAACUCUAGCCUUACGCCAUGCCUGACUCCGUCCUUGACCCCUGCCUUGACUCCCGGCAUGCAGCCAGCCUCAGUUCAGAGCUACGGCACGAGCGGCGGCGGCGGCAUGGACCCAACCAGCCUCAGGCAGCUGAAACACUUACAGGUCCGAAAGCCCUUACUGAAAUCCUCACUGGCAGAUCCCAACAUGACGGAGGAGGAGGUCAACAUGAAACAUGUUCAGGACCUGCUGAGCUGGGUGGAGGAGAUGCAGUUGCAGCUGGAUCGCUCAGAGUGGGGAUCCGAUCUGCCAAGUGUGGAGAUUCAUUUGGAGAACCACAAAAGUGUUCACAGAGCAAUUGAAGAUUUUCAAAAAAGUCUUAAAGAUGCCAAACUGAGCGAGAUCCAGAUGAGUUUACCCUUGAAGCUGAAUUACUCAGAUAAACUCAGCAAACUGGAAAGGCAGCAUGAAAACCUGUUGAGCUCUUCAAGCGAGCGACAGAGCCACCUGGAGAGCCUGCAUGACUUUGUGUCACAGGCGACCCGCGAGCUCAUCUGGCUGAACGAGAAGGAGGAAGAGGAGGUGGCGUUCGACUGGAGCGAUCGCAACAGCAGCAUCUCCAAGAAAAGAGACUACCAUGCUGACCUGAUGAGGGAGCUGGAUGAAAAGGAGGAAGUGAUCAAGUCCGUGCAGGAUAAGGCAGAACGCCUGAUGCUCAAGAACCACCCAGCCAAGAUGACUAUUGAAGCGUACAGAGCUGCCAUGCAGACUCAGUGGAGCUGGAUCCUGCAGCUCUGCUCCUGCGUAGAGCAGCAUCUCAAGGAGAAUGCUGUUUAUUUUGAGUUCUUCGCCGACGCCAAAGAGUCCGUAGAUUACCUUAAGAGCCUGCAAGAUGCCAUUCAGCGAAAGUACAGCUGCGACAGGACGAGUAGCCUGCACCGACUGGAGGAUCUGAUCCAGGAGUCCAUGGAUGAGAAAGAGCAGCUUCUUCAGUACCGAAGCACAGUAGCGGGUUUAGUGGGCAGGGCCAAGAAUAUAGUGCAGCUGAAGCCCAGGAACCCUGAGAGCCCCGUGAGGUCCUCCAUCCCUGUGAAGGCCAUAUGUGAUUACCGUCAGAUAGAGAUCACCAUUUAUAAAGAUGACGAGUGCGUGUUGGCCAGUAACUCUCACCGGGCCAAGUGGAAGGUCAUCAAUCCAGCCGGAAACGAGGCCAUGGUGCCCUCUGUUUGCUUCACCGUCCCUCCGCCCAACAAAGAGGCUUCCGACAUGUCAACAAAAACCGAGCAGCUAUACCAGACCGUUCUUGCCCUGUGGCACCGCUCUCACAUCAACAUGAAGAGCGUGGUGUCUUAUCACUAUCUGAUGGCUGAUAUUCGAGCCAUCCGCAACUGGAAUGUAGCGUCGAUAAAGACCAUGCUACCGGGUGAGCAUCAGCAGGUCUUGAGCAACCUGCAGUCCCACUUCGAGGAGUUCCUGGAGGACAGCGAGGAGUCCGAGGUCUUCACGGUGGCAGACUGCACCCAGCUAGAGAGAGAUGUCGCUGCCUGCAAGGAGUACUACCAGGAACUGCUCCGAUCUGCAGAGAGAGAGGAACACGAGGAGUCCGUGUACAACCAUUACAUCUCAGAGAUACGCACCUUCCGCAUGCACCUGGAGGCCCACGAGGAGCACCUCAUCAGGCAGAUCCGCUCGCCGCUGGAGCGAGACGACCUGGAGCAGAGUCUCCAGCGCAUCACGGAACACGAGAGGAAGAUGACAGAGCUGAAUAAACUGAAGGAAGACCUUGACGCUAUGAAGGAGAAGUGUGAGCUGUUCCUCAGACAGGCUGUGGGUUCUCCAUCGGUGCCAACGCUUUCCUCUGAGCUCACUGUUCUACUACAGAGCAUGAGCCAAGUCUACUCCAUGUCUUCCAUUUAUAUGGACAAACUUAAAACAGUGAGCUUAGUGGUGAGGCACAGCCAAACUGCAGAAGCUCUGGUUAAAACGUAUGAAUCCAAACUCUAUGAGGAAGAUGCCAUGAACUCUGAUGUCAAGUCCAUAGAGACUGUCAUUACAACACUUAAGCUGUGGCGGACCGAGGUUGAUGAGAGACAAGAGGUCUUCCACGACAUGGAGGACGAGCUGCAGAAAGCUCGGGUCAUCAGCGACCGCAUGUUUAAGGCCCAUAAUGAGCGCGACUUUGACCUCGACUGGCACAAGGAGAAAGCGGAUCAGCUGAGUGAGAGGUGGCAGAGCAUUCACUCGCAGAUAGACGGCAGACUUCGAGACCUGGAUGGUAUUAGCAAAUCCCUGAAGCACUACAGAGACUCCUAUGCUACCCUGGACGAAUGGGUUAGAGAAAUGGAAGCAGCACAGCUCCAGGCCCAGGAGAACAAACCUGAAGACAGCAAGGCCCUGGCUGAGCUGCUAAACAAACAGAAGGUCCUUAUUGCUGAAACUGAACAAAAACAAAACAGAAUUGAGGAGUGUCAGAAGUACUCUGAGCACUAUUCAUCUGCCGUUAAGGAUUACGAGCUUCAGCUGAUGACCUUCAGAGCCAUGGUUGACUCGCAGCACAAGUCUCCUCUGAAAAAGCGGAAGAUGCAGAGCUGCUCUGACGCCAUCACGCAGGAGUUCAUGGAGCUCCGAACUCGCUACACUGCUCUGGUGACUCUCAUGACGCAGUAUGUGAAGUUUGCCAGUGAAACGCUGAAGAGAACUGAGGAUGAGGAGAGAUCUGUUGAUGAGGAGAAGAGAGAACAUGGUGAUAAAGUUAGCAAACUAUUGCACUGGAUGUCCAACGUGAAACAGAAGCUGAACAAUGAUGGGAAGGUUCUGACAGAUAGCAAUGCCAACACAGACACUUCUAAUAAUCCCCAGGUGUCUGUCGAAGAAAUGGCCACUAAGAAGGAACAAAUUGCAGAAGCACUGAGAGCCACACAAAUAAUGUUGAACAAACACAGCGACAAAAUGACAGAGGGGGAACGAGAGAAGGCCCAGGAGCAGCUGAAGGCGCUGAAGCAGGCGUACAGUGAACUGUCCCAGCAGUGUUCAGAUCAGACAAGCUCUGCUGAAGAGGCUCUGUCAUCCAGUAAUGGGACUGAUGGGCUUCCAACUGGAAUCAUAAUUGAUAAGAUGGCUUGGGUUGAGCUGCCAGACUCCCAGGAGGUGACCUAUGACCUUUCAUCGCCACACGUCAGUCCGCAUCGGGAUGACGCCUUAAAACAGGAUACAGUUUCUGAAUCCACUUUCCUGAGUGAAAUGGUGCAAAAUGUUUCAAGCAAGUGUAUCUGGACCUCACACGUCUCUAUGUCGCUGGCUGAUGUGGCAGUGGCUAGAGAAGGGUCCAAUUACAAAAGCCUAAUCAUGAAGAGGAUAGAGGUCAAACCAGUGAGCGAUGGACUGAAGGUGUGCUACACGGGGGACGCGCUAACUUUGGACCAAUCAUUGGAGUGUGGUUUGAUUCCUGCUUCUGUCUACGUGAACGUCCUUGAACGUCAAAAGACCCGUCAGGACGUGAUUUAUACCAGCACCGCUGACGAGGAGGCUGCGCUGGAGACUGAACCCUAUGAGGUCAACAGUCUGAUACUAAAGUGCCUGAGCAGAAAUCAAUCACUGACACUGAGCUCGGUUUGUGAUGAUUUAAUAGAGCAGGAGUCCAGAGUUAUAGAUGAGCAGGUUGGUUUAGUGAAACCUGAAGAAAGUCAAAAUGUGUUAACUGCUGCGAUGUCUGACGGUGUCGUGAGCCUUAAGAACUGUGAAGAGGUCAAAGUGGACGCGUGUGUUGAGUGUGAUCUAAUGAAUUCCAGCAGCACUCUGCUUGUGUUUGGGCAUCAGCGGCAGCUUAUGGGACUUGUGCUGCCUCAGUCUGAGGAAAAUCAAACAGUGCGUGAGGACGAAGCCGCCGCCGCCGCCGCUAACGCGUUCACGAGCCGACUGUUUGGCAACCGACAAAAAAUAGCGUCUUUGUAUAUUCCAGAGAGUGAAGCGGUAGCAGACAUCGACUCUGCCACGCGGGACGGCUUCAUUGACAGUUGCUCUGCAGCGUUUUUGAAAUCGGUACAGAUUCCUGAUGCGUGUCCUGUUUUUGAUGUUCUUAAGGAGAAGUUUUCAUCCGGGCUCAUGAACACAGAGCUCUCAGCUGAUGGAUGCUGUGAUGCUGCAGACUGUCUGCAAAAUGAAAUGUCCCCCAUUCCCACAGAAGAAAGCCAGUUGUUCAUGUCCUACCUAGCGAUGAACAGUUACACUGAUCCGAGGACGGGACAGAGGGUUCUUAUACUCGAUAAACAGAUGAGUAAGAUGGUUCAACUGUAUCUUGAUGGUUUUCAGCCAAAUUUAGCUUCUCUAAGUUUCAAAACCUGCGAUCUUCCAGAAGAGGAUGAUUCAGAGGUUCUUAUGCACACAAAUAGCGGAACAGAGGAGUUUAUGAAAUACACUCAAAGAAGCUUUAGUUCUCACAGUUUAGUUUCUUCUGUUACUGAGGGAAACAUGUUUGAUGACGGCCCAGAGCGCAUGUUUGAUCCUUGUGGCUUCGUUUCCACACAAGGUGGAGAAUUGACUUUAAAUGAAUGUACAUGUACAGAUGAAAAGACUCUAAAACCAGAUCCUGUCCAAGACUUCCCUGUCAGAUCAGAAAACAUGUUUAACAGGACCUCAAUGCAAGUCAAGUCAGAUGAAAUUGCAGAGGGCAUAUAUGAAAACACUCUAACAGUUGAUGCAAAAGGUGACGUAAGUGACGCUCUUGAUCUUCCUCCUCUGGAAACGUCAGUCCUUCCCACGUCACGCACAGUGAAGAGCCCAGCGUCGGAGGUGUGUGACUCAGACGCCUCAGCGACAGCUUGCUGCCAAACACUACCACACGUUGGGGCAGAGUGGACUGAGUCAAGGAAGGUUGACCUUGACACAGCUGAGGUUUUAAGCUCUGGGGCCUUGGUGGAGAGUGGAAGAGAGCAAGACCACACGGUUCAGAUAGAGGAAGGUGGUGUUUUUGAUGUUCUGUCUGGAAGAGGUUCACGUGAACAGGGAAGCUUCAGUUUAACAGGAGCGGAGGAGUCAGAUUCAUCCAUAUCCUCUAAUACUGCUCUGCCCAUUGUGGAGCAGCAGAGCCUUUUAAGGUCUGAUUGUGCCAAUAUCAGCAGUGAGUCUCUGGAGUUUGGAUUAGAUCCAGACGCUGAUUAUUGCCUUAACCUACAUCCUGAAGCCAACAUUGACUCAGAAGAAAAGUGCAACCAGUUCAUCCCUGUUGAUCAUAAUCUGGAUUCAAUUAAACUUAAUGAAGCUGAAAACAGCCAGCAGUCAUUUGAGAGUGAGGAUGUUGUCCUAGGAUUCAGCCGGGCCAGUGGAAAAGAGGAUGAAGAGACAGACACGGAGAGUAGAAGGACCUCCGGCUGUGCGAUGAGAGGAAAUGUAGAAGAGAUGAGUAAUUAUCUGCAUCAGUCCAGUAGCUUUGAGCCUCCCAUGAGCUCACCCUGCUCAUGGAGUCAGGUUACUGCAGCAAACUCCCAUCACACUGACGCAUUAUUGGCUGCGGGCAGUGAAUCACAGGAGCUAAUGGACCACAUGACAGACAGCCGUGACGUCUGCCAAGCUGUGACAGAACCUGCUGUUCAGUUCCGUCCAUGUAGUCGGAAAGACAGAACCAGCAGCGAUCCAGACACACAUUCCCUGUACGUCUCACCCACCAAUUCACCCACUGAUGGAAAAGUGGAACAUCCAAGUGUUUGGGAGAGCGAAAUAGACGCGUGUGUGUUUGAGGAAAGCGGUUCGCGGAGUGACACGGGUGCCGUUCAUUCACCUCUAGGCGGUGAGCCUGCUCAGAGUAUCGAUGACUCAUCGCCCAGGGAUUUGGCUGAAAGUGGGUCUUUGUUAGCAUCCGAGGCUCAGUGGAACUGUGACAGAAACAUAACAGGAGAGAGCGGUGGAAUAACAUUACAUCAGCGGGCAGAUCAUUGUUCAGAUCAGAUUAUUGUUGAAUAUGAGCCCAGUUGUCAAAAUGGUCAGAGACUGUUGAGAAGCUCAUCUCAGUCUCCAGUUCUCUCCAGUCAAAACAACACUGAGGCAAAUGCUUUAAAUCCAACUAACAAAGUUUCUCUUGAAAAGGUAGCAAAUAGUAAAGAUCUGUUCAUCUCAGAUCCCAGUGGUGCAGCUGGUGGCUUGGAUCUCUGCAUGAAGAGCCAGCAUGUGUGCAGUUCCAGUGAUACUGAGGAGAUGUUUGGGUCAAGAAAUGAUUUUAGUAAUAUCACCUCUGCAACGUGUCACAUUAAUUCAGGCAAGUGUAAACUCCCCCCUGGAGAACUAUUGGUGUCUGAUGCCCUGACUUCUGAUAAGGCCGCUUCUGCACAAGGCGAAAUAACAACGAAUAGGACUCAUGUCAGUGAUCUACACACAGCACAAAAUCAAGAUGCAGAGAGCUCUGUCGCUGUACAUGAGAAUACUCCAGAUUUUCAUGAGAGAGCCGUUCCUCAUGGACGCGUAGAGAACAGUUCCACCGACCUUCAGAUCAAUUCACUAACGCAAGAAUCCCCCAGUUCAAAACCCCAAGAAGAAGUAAACACAGAGCUGUUACUGCAGGAGGAGAAACGUCAGUGUGAUCCUCCACACAUCCAGCUGCAGCUGCUGCAGGUUCUGAAGACGGUUUCCUCGAGCCGGGACCUUUCAAUGCUUCAGGAAGUGAUGGACACCCUGCACAGUGCUCUGGGCGGAGGCUCUCAGGAGGACCGCUGGCACACGCUGGAGAGCAUCGCGGAGGAGGCAGAGGACGAGGGGUCGGCUGGACAGGAUGUAGCUCGGUCCAGCGCGGGAGCAGGGGGUCGACCACCGGCCCCUCAGGUCUCUGCCAAAGGGGUCGCACGUGACGUUGAGGAGGUCAAAAAGAAGCUCUUCUCCAUCCAGGAUUUCUUAGAGUGCGUUGGGAGACUGCAGGAUCACGCAGAUGUUUUAGAUGAUGUCGGAAAUGACCUUUCAGACCCGGCUCCGUUAGGCAACAACAUGGAGGAGCUGCAGAUCCAAAUGGAAGAAUGUCAGUCACUGGAGGCCCGGGUUUAUAGUUUGGCUGCUGCCGUGGAAGUCGACAUGGAAAAAGCCAAACUGCUCCUAGAUUCUGCUGACGAAGACGUUCCUUUACAAAUUCACCAGGAUUUGGGCUCGACGUAUCAUGAGGUGGAGUCAAAUGUGAGUGCUGUGAUGCACAUGUGCACAGCAAGAAGCCAAUCUGUGAUUGAGGCAAUGGAAACAGGAAAGGCCCAUUUGGAUGCAGUGUACCAGAAGCAUCUUGAUGAUCUUGAUGAACUUGUGGGUCUCAUCCAAAACAGCUCUGACACAUGGGUUGUGGAUGUAAACACUUGUAAUGAGGAGAGGCUGAAGCAUUUGCUUCAACAGAACACGGAAAUGCAGAUGGAAGCGAGGCUGAAAGUAGAUGAUGCGACCUUUGACAUCCAGAGCUUUGUUUCGGAGCACACUCAGUUCCUGAGUCCCGCUCAGAGCAGCUGCCUCCUCAAGUACCUGAGCAGCACGCAACGGGCUCUCAGGGACCACACGGAGAGGCUGGCUGCACAGAGGCACGCCUUAGAUGCCCUGCUGGACACCAGGGAGAGGGAGAACAAGGAGAAGGUCUGCCUGAGAGGGAUACGCAGUGAAAUAACACAGUCUUUACUGGAGAGGCACAAGGAGUUUGCGGACAAACUGGAUGAAGUGCUUGACAGUCUUACGUUGACAGAGAACCGCCUCAUUGGUCAUCAGCAAGAGGCUGACAAAGCUGGAAGUGUCACAGAUCUGCAGCAGUAUCAGCAGGAGCAUCGGGACCUGCAAAAGGACGUACUGAGGAAUGCCAGCGACUUGAACGAGCUCAUCGCCAGCACUAAAAAGUUUCUGGAGGAGAACCGGAGGAAGCUGGCGCCGGAUCAGAUCGCCGUGAUUGAGAGCAAGCUGGAAGAGGCCAAAAACAAAGCCAGGGUCAUCAACCAGCAGGCUGAGGCGUCCAGGAAAGACUUGGAGAAGGUUGUAACAACAGCCAUGAAGAAGGAGAGCGAAAAGGCGGCUGCUGUUGAGCGGCUUGAAGAAAGUAAGAACAAAAUUGAAGGUCUUCUGGACUGGAUAUCGAACAUAGGGAAUGAAAACAAGAGUGUGGAUGAAACCGAUCAUAUGAGCAAAGAGAAUGGAAACCUGCCCGAGGAGACCUCAGCCAAGGGCCUGAUAGGACGAGAGGAUGACGCCAAUGGAAACUCUAUGGCCAUCACUGAAAAUGAGCUUGGCAAAGAGAGCAGCAGCAGGAACGGGGCCUCCCUGGGCCUUGACAAGCAGUACGACAGGGUCAAGGCUCGCCACCAGGAGAUUCUGUCCCAGCAGCAGGACCUCAUCAUGGCCACCCAAUCUGCUCAGGUUCUGCUGGACAAGCAAGCCAACGUGCUGUCGCCCAGCGACAAGGAGAAGCUGCAGGAGAGCGUCCAGGAGCUGAAGCAGCGCUACGAAGCCUCGCUGACGCAGGCGGAGCAGCAGAUGAAGCAGGUGCAGUGCGUCCAGGAGGAGCUGAAGAAGUUCCGGGAGGACUACGAGGAGUUCGAGCGCUGGUUGGACCAGGCCGAGGAGACGUUUGAGGGGAUGGGGUGUCCCGCAGGCUCCCUCAACAUCCUCAGCGAUAAACUCCAGCAGCAGAAGGGCUUUUCAGAAGACGUGAUUUCUCACAAAGGGGAUCUUCGCUUCAUCACUAUCUCAGGUCAGAAGGUUUUGGAAGUGGCCAAAGCCUGUGGGUCGGCUCACCCAAAGAACAGUCAGCUGCUUGUGGAUACUUCAGGGACCUGUUCUACUGUCAAGGACAACCUGGACUCAGCAGCAAAUCGAUAUAAAACGCUACAUACGCAGUGCAACCAGCUCGGCAACAACCUCAAAGAAGUGGUGGACAAAUAUAAGAAGUAUGACGAGUCGAGCGCCGGGCUCCUGCAGUGGCUCAGCAGCUCGGAGGAGGAGGCAAGGAAGCAGCAGUCGGAGGCCAUAGCAGCGGAUCCACAAACACUGCAGAAGCAGCUGGAGGAGACCAAGGCCCUGCAAGGUCAGAUGAUAGGGCACCAGACGGCUGUCGACACACUGCGUAAAACCGCUGAGUCUUUGAUAACAUCUGAAGGAGAUCUUUUGAGCAGCCCAGAGGAGAUCCAGGAGACAGUGGAUGACAUAGUGGAGCGCUACGACAACCUGUCCAAAUCUGUAAGCGAUCGGAACGAGAAGCUGCAGAUCACGCUGACUCGCUCCAUGAGUGUCCAGGACGGUUUGGAUGAGAUGAUGGGAUGGAUGAAGGGAGUGGAGGCCAGUGUGAAGGAGAAAGGGAGGAUUCCCCUGGACUCUGCAUCUAUUGGAGACAUCCUCAGCAGAGAGGCAGCGUUAGAGCAGGACAUAGCAAGUCGCCAGAGCAGCAUCUCAGCCAUGAAAGCCAAGGUGAAGAAAUUUGUGGAGACAGCGGACCCUGCUGCCGCCGCACUGCUCCAGGCGAAGAUGGACGCUCUGUCCCAGCGCUUCUCCGACGCGUGUGACAAGCACAAGCUCAAGGUUUCCCAGCUGGAGCAGCUCAAGGACAGGGUGGAAAGGUUUGAGGCAGUCGCCGAGAAAGUUCAGCACUUUGUUGCGAAGCGUUCGCAAGACCUCCACGAGACAGACGGACCCGGCAAAUCCUUCACUGAACUCUCCCAGCUAAUGCAGUCUACUAAAGCUGAGGUGGCUGAACAUGCCAGCUAUUUGGAGACGCUGCAGACUCUUUCCAGAGAGCUGUCUGAAAUAAGCCCUGAUGGAAACAAAGCCCAGAUCCAGAGCAAAAUGGAUAAUCUUUCCAAUAUUUUCAACACUUUCAAAGACCUUGUCAGAGAAAAGGAGCAAGAAGUGUCGUCCUGUGAGGAUCGGCUGGGAGAGUUCAGAUCUGCAGCCAGUGCUCUCACCAAGUGGCUGGAGGAGACCUACGACAAAGUGCCUGCAGCAGAGCCGAGCAGCAGCGAGAAACGCCUGGAGACGGACCUGCAGAUAGUCACAGGGCUGUUAGAUGAAUGGACGUCUAAAGGCCCUGCUGUCCAAGACUUGAACAGUAAAGGAUCAUCACUUUGUAGUCUCAUCACUUUUCUUACAUCCCCUGCUAAAACAAAGGCCCAUAACAAAUCAGCUCUUACUAACGGUGGUGGUCCUGCAGGUCACGCCUACCUAACCAAUAAAGAGCUGACAGUGAUUCAGCAGAACCUGUCGUUUGUGAAUGAGCGAUACACAAGCCUCGGGGAAACGCUGAACAGUCGAGCUGCAAAGCUGAGUGGUUCAGUGCAGGAGGUGAAAAACACCCAGCAGGAGACAGAGGAAAUGUUGACAUGGCUGAAGGACAUGAAGAAGGCUGCAGAGCUGUGGAACAACACGACCACAGAGAAAGAGUCGAUGAAGACGCAGCUCGAGCAGCAAAGGUCAUUUGAGGAGGGCAUGAAACAAAAGCAGCAGCAGCUCCAGAAGCUCAGAGAGAAGCUUCUCAACUUGAUUAAGGCUCAUCCAGACUCCCCCGAGGCUACAAAAUGGAAGCAGACGCUCGCAGACAUAGAUGCUGCUUGGGAACACGUCAGUGGCUUGGUUGAAGACAGGAAACAGUGCUUGGAGCAGUCCAACAAGAAUCUGGACACCUUCCAAACGAACGAGCUGCAGCUCAGUCAGUGGCUUUCAGAGAAGGAGCUGAUGAUGAGCGUCCUUGGACCAUUGUCAAUAGACCCAAACAUGCUAAAAAUGCAGAAGCAACAAGUUCAGAUCCUCCAGAAUGAAUUCAAGAGUCGUAAAUGUCAAUAUGAGCAGUUGGAGGAAGCUGCCUCAGCCAUCUUAAGCUCCUCAGGCCACCAGGACCCCUCCAACGGGAAGCAUGUGAGGGAGCAGCUAACUGCCAUCACGCAGAAGUGGCAGGGCCUCACGGACCAGCUGGACCAACGGGACAGCGUCAUCGACCGCGCUGUGGUGAAGACGGGCCAGUUUCAGGAGCUACUGAGGGGUCUCGGCCAGACUGCUGCCCAGCUGGAGAGUCAGCUCACGAACCACCAGGGCCACAGCACGCAGCCCGAUGCCGUGAAGAAGCAGCUGGAGGACGUCCAGGGCAUCUCGGCUCAGCUGAGAGAGGAGAGGAAGAAGCUAAAGGAGGCGGAGACCGUCAACUCAGAACUUACAGCGAUGGUGACGGAGGAGUAUCUAAAGGCAGACUUAGCCAGACAGCUGGAGACUGUCAGCCAGCCUUUUAAACAGCUGGAAGAGAGAGCAGCUAAGCGGAUAGAGCAGUUGAACUCAACCUUUGCCAGCUCUCAGCAGUUCCACCAGACCUCCAAAGACUUCCAGUCAUGGCUGGCAGAGAGGCUCCAGGACCAGUCCAAACCCCAGCCGGUCUCUGCAAAGGUCGACGUCCUGAAACAAACCUUGGAGGAGCACAGUAAGCUCCAGAAGGCUGUCAGUGAGCAUGAAGAGGUGUAUAACACCAUCGUCGGGGAAGGGGAGAUGCUCCUGCAGAACACUGACGGUGCAGAAAAGGUGGCACUGCAAGGGCAGCUCACCACCCUCUCCUCCAACUGGGAGGAGGUGAAGAAAAGCUCCGUGGAGCAGGCCGGUAGGCUCCAGACUGCCCUGCAGAGGUCCCAGAAGUAUCAGGAGCAGGCAGAGAAGCUCUCCGCCUGGAUUCAGGAGUGUGAAGCUAGCGAGGAUCGAGUCAAGCUGACCGUCGACCCCGUCGCUGUUGAAAGCCUUAUUUCCCAAGUGAAAGCGCUCCAGAAGGAUGUUGACAAGCACAGAGGGAUGGUGGAGCAGCUCCACACAGUAGCAGACGGCCUCCUGGAAGUGGCCAGUGUAGACACCCAAGCAAUCAAUGAGGAGAAAGCUAGCAUUAGCAAAAGAGUGGACAACGUAGCUGAGGCUUUGCAGAGCAAGAGGGAGUCGCUGGAGAAGAUCUCCCACCGAGUUAAAGAGUUCAAUGAUGCCUAUAAGGAGACAAAGGCACAGAUGGAGGGAACUAAGAAACAGUUGGAGGUCUACGAGUCGCAGGGAGCACAGGGACACAGCAGUAAGAAUCUCACCAACAUGAAAGCCCAACAGAAGAGUUUGGAGGCAGUGCACAACCAAGUAGAGCACCUGAAGAACCUGGCCAGGGACAUGGUUGUAGAUGUCCCUGAUGCUGAUGGAGUGACAGACCUCUUACUGCAGGCGGACACCAUAGAAAAAGACCACGACAGCCUUCAUAGGAAGCUAGAGGACACGUGCCAAGCGUUGGAGGGCAAAUUACAGGGCAUUGGGCAGUUCCAAAACAGCAUCCGUGAGAUGUUCGCCCACUUCACAGACCUGGACGAUGAGCUGGACAGCAUGGCCUCCGUGGAUCUGGACUUGGCCAGCCUUAAGGGGCAGCGGGAGAGCAUGCAGAGCUUUGUGGCCAAGCUGCAGGAGCUGAUGACCAACACGGCCAAUGCUGGGGACAGCUGCAAGAAGAUGCUGGAGGCCGAGUCGUCGCCGGACGUUUUGGGCCUGAAGAGAGACCUGGACGCUCUGAGUAGGCAGUGCGGUAAACUGCUGGACCGAGCCACGGGCAGGCAAAUGCAGGUCCAGGGUACGCUGGCCAAGCUGGAGGAGCUGUACCAGCAGCUGCACCAGGUGGACGACCAACUCGGCAGGGCUGUGAACAAGGAGGCGUCGCAGGAGCCCGUCGGCAUGGAGACAGACGUCAUCAACCAACAGCUUGAAGCCUUUAAGGCUUUUCAGAAAGAGGAGAUUGAUCCACUGCAGACACAGCUUCAGGACAUCAUGUCCCUCGGCCACGGUCUGGUCCAAAACGCUGCCAAAGGCUCAAGCACCAAGAAGCUCGACGAUGACCUGGAGGGUGUUAACACAAAGUGGAAUACUCUUAAUAAAAAGAUUGCUGAGCGCUCGGCCCAGCUGCACGAGGCCCUGUUGCAUUGUGGGAGGUUCCAGGACGCCUUGGAGUCGCUGCUCAGCUGGUUGAGCGAUACAGAGGAGCUGGUGGCCAAUCAGAAACCUCCCUCUGCUGAGUUUAAAGUGGUCAAGGCACAGAUACAAGAGCAGAAGCUUUUACAGAGGCUGCUGAAUGACCGAAAGCCAACAGUGGAGCUGAUAAAGAAGGAGGGAGGGAAGGUUGCAGAGCUGGCAGAGUCCGUGGAUAAGGAGAAGGUCUCGAAAGAGAUCGAAUGCCUGGGGCAGAGGUGGGACAGUCUGCUGAAGAAGGCUGAAAACAGGCACAAGCAACUGGAGAGCAUCUUAGUGGUCAGUCAGCAGUUCCACGAGGCUGUGGAGCCUCUGAGUGAGUGGCUCGCUGCCACAGAGAAACACCUGUCCAACUCUGAGCCCAUCGGUACCAAGACCAAUAAACUGGAGGAUCAGAUCUCUCAGCAUAAGGCCUUAGAGGAGGAGGUCAUGAGUCACAGUAAAGACCUGUUUCAGGCUGUCAGUGCGGGUCAGAUGCUCAAAACGAUGAGCUCAGCGGACGACAGGCAGUUCGUCCAGUCCAAGCUGGACGCCACCCAAGGCGGCUACAUCGAGCUCCAGGAGCGAUGCAGGAGGAAAGGCGAGAUGCUGCAGCAGGCGCUGGCCAACGCCCAGCUGUUCGGAGAAGACGAAGUGGCCCUGAUGAACUGGCUCAACGAGGUGCACCCGCGGCUCAGCGGAGCCUCUGUGGAGGACUGCAAAAUAGAUGCUCUGGAAAAGCAGCUGGCAGAACAGCGGACGCUACAAAGAGAUAUUGAGCUGAAGAAGAAGGAUGUUGACCAAGCCAUCUCUAAUGGGAUGAAGCUACUGAAACAGACAACAGGUGACGAGGUGGUUGUUAUCCAAGGCAAACUGGAUGGUAUAAAAAGCAAAUAUGCUGAGAUCAACUCAAUCAGUGACAACGUCUUGAAGACCCUGGAGCGUGUCUUGGGUCUCUCUUCUAAGCUGCAACAUACGCAUGAGGACCUGAGCUCCUGGUUAGAGAAAGCAGAGGCUGACAUCAGCGCUUUUGCUGGUCAGGAGCCAGUGGGUGAACAGCUCAUUCACACACAAAGCAGGCAGAAGGCCUUGUUGAAAGAGACCAAAGAGCGAAAGCCUUUGAUGGACAAGCUGAAUGAGCUGAGCAGUUCCCUCCUGGAUCUGAUCCCCUGGCACGCCCGCGAGGCUCUGGACAGGCUGGUGACCCAGGACAAUGAGCGGUACCGAGCCGUGGCUGACACCGUCACCCAGCAGGUCGACAAGAUCAACACAGACAUGCUCAAGUCCCAGCAGUUCGAACAGGCAGCCGACUCUGAGCUGGCCUGGCUCAGCGAGGCAGAGAGGAAGUUGCUGUCGAUGGGGGAAAUCAGACUGGAGCAGGACCAAACCACUGCUCAGCUCCAAGCGCAGAAGGCUUUCUCCAUGGACAUCAUGAGGCACAAAGAUGCUGUCGAUGAGAUAGUGAAAACUGGAAAGGCCGUCAUGAACAACAAAAACCCAGAGGAGAAGGAAAUCUUGAAGGCCAAGAGUCAGAGUCUGUUGGAGAAGUACGCCGCUGUCAGUCAGCUGAACUCGGAGCGCUGCCUGCAGCUGGAGCGAGCUCAGUCUCUGGCCAGCCAGUUCUGGGAGACCUAUGAGGAGAUGUGGCCGUGGCUUCAGGAAACCUUACGCACCUUCAGCCAGCUGCCCCCGCCUGCCAUCGAGUACGACAUGCUUCGGCAGCAGCAAGAGGAGCUCAGGGAAAUGAGAGAGCUGAUCGCUGAGCACAAGCCCCACAUUGACAAGAUGAACAAAACGGGGCCUCAGCUGCUUGAGCUCAGCCCAGUGGAGGGAGCGCCCAUCAGAGAGAAGUACACCACCAGCGACCAGCUCUACACCGGACUCAAGGCGGACGUGAAGCAGAGAGCUGCCACGCUGGAUGAAGCCAUCUCCAAGUCCACACAGUUUCAUGACAAAAUUGACCCCAUGCUGGAAUCCCUGGAACGCAUCGCCGAGCGCCUGCGUCAGCCUCCGUCCAUCUCAGUGGAGGUGGAGAAGAUCAAGGAGCAGAUUGCUGAGAAUAAGGCGGUCUCUGUGGAUCUGGAGAAGCUGCAGCCUUCCUAUGAGACGCUGAAGCAGCGGGGCGAGGAGAUGAUUGCUCGCUCUGAGGGCGCGGACAAAGACAUUUCUGCAAAAGCUGUUCAAGACAAGCUGGACCAGAUGGUCUUCCUGUGGAACGACAUCCAGGCCUUAUUGGAGGAGCGGGAGGCCAAGCUGUUGGACGUGAUGGACCUGGCAGACAAGUUCUGGUGCGACCACUGCGCACUCAUCGUCACCAUCAAAGACAGCCAGGACCUGCUGAGGGAACUGGAGGAGCCCGGAGUGGACCCGUCCGUGGUCAAACAGCAGCAGGAGUUUGUGGAGGGAUUCAAGGAGGAGAUUGACGGGCUCCAGGAAGAGCUGGAUGUGGUUCGACACCAGGGCGCGGAGCUCCUAGCUGCCUGCGGUGAACCCGACAAGCCCGUGAUAAAGAAGAGUCUGGAUGAGGUGAAUUCAUCGUGGGAGAAUCUGGAUAAGACGUGGAAGGAGCGAGUCGAGCGGCUGGAGGAGGCCAUGCAGGCCGCGGUGCAGUUUCAAGACGGCCUGCAGGGUAUGUUUGACUGGGUGGAUAUCCUGGAGGGCAAACUGGAUUCGAUGCCGCCUGUAGGCACAGACCUGGAAACUGUCAAGCAGCAGAUUGCUGAACUCAAGGAGUUCAAAGGAGAGGCAUACCAGCUGCAGAUUGAGAUGGAGCGUCUGAACCACCAAGCGGGCCUCCUGCUGAAGAAGGCCAUGGACGAGGGGGAGCGCUGCGCCAUCCAGGAGCCCAUGUCUGAGCUCAAGAUGCUGUGGGACAACCUGGAUGAGAAGGUCAUCGGCCGCCAGCACAAACUGGAGGGAGGCCUUCUGGCCCUGGGCCAAUUCCAGCACGCACUGGACGAGCUGCUGGCCUGGAUGAGCCACACCGAGGAGCUGCUCAGUGAACAGAGGAAGGCUGGAGGAGACCCCAAAGCCAUCGAGAUCGAGCUUGCCAAGCACCAUGUUCUCCAGAUCGAUGUGCUGGCUCAUAAGUCCACAGUGGAGGCUGUGAACAAAGCCGGUAACGACCUGGUGGAGUCGAGCGCUGGAGAAGAAGCCUCUGGUCUGCAGAGUAAACUGGAGAACCUGAACCAGAGGUGGAAAACUAUCCUGGAGAAGACGGAGCAGAGGAAGCAGCAACUAGAAAGUGCUCUGCUUCAGGCCCAGGGUUUCCAUGGUGAGAUAGAAGAUAUGCAGCAAUGGCUGAAAGACACAGAACGUCAGCUGUUGGCAUCAAAGGCGGUGGGAGGCUUACCAGACACGGCCCGGGAGCAGCUUAACGCCCAUCUGGAGUUGUGUUCCGCCCUGGAGGCGAGGGAGGAACUGUACAAGGAGCUGUUAAACAAGGGUCGCCAGCUGCUCGUCAUGGUGCCCGAGGGUCCAGACAGCAACACGGAGCACGACCUCGCCAGCCUGACGGAGAAGUGGGAGUCUGUGCAGGGCAAGGUGGCCGAAAGAAAGGGGAAACUGGAAGAAGCCUUGACGAUGGCCACAGACUUCCACAACUCCCUGCAGGACUUCAUCAACUGGCUGACUCAAGCUGAGCAGACGCUCAACAUGGUUUCUCCCGCCUCCCUCAUACUGGAGACCAUCCUGUUUCAAAUCGAUGAGCACAAGAUGUUUGUGACCGAGGUGAACGCCCACAGAGACCACAUUAUCGAGCUCGACAAGACGGGAACGCACCUGAAGUAUUUCAGCCAGAAGCAGGACGUGGUCCUGAUUAAGAACCUGCUGAUCAGCGUGCAAGGCCGCUGGGAGAAGCUGGUGCAGAGGUCUGUGGAACGAGGCCGUCAGCUGGACGAUGCCAGGAAAAGGGCCAAACAGUUCCAUGAGACUUGGACGAAACUGAUGGAGUGGUUGGAUGAAUCGGAGAAGACUCUGGACUCGGAGGUGGAAAUUGCCAACGAUCCGGACAAAAUAAAGACGCAGCUGACGCAGCACAAGGAGUUCCAGAAAGCAGUGGGCAGCAAACACUCGGUGUACGACACCACCGCUCGGACAGGCCGGGCCCUGAAGGACAAGACGUCCCUGCAGGAUGACAAACAGAAGCUCGACGACAUGCUGAGUGAACUGAGGGACAAAUGGGACACAGUGUGUGGCAAGUCUGUAGAGAGACAAAACAAGCUGGAGGAGGCUCUGCUGUUCUCCGGACAGUUCACAGACGCUCUGCAGGCCCUCAUCGACUGGUUGUACAGAGUGGAGCCUCAGCUGGCUGAGGACCAGCCAGUGCAUGGAGACAUAGACCUGGUUCUCAAUCUGAUAGACAACCAUAAGGUUUUCCAGAAGGAGCUGGGGAAGAGGACGGUCAGCGUCCAGGCCCUCAAGCGCUCGGCGAGGGAGCUGAUCGAGAGCAGUCACGACGACUCGUCCUGGGUCAAGGUCCAAAUGCAGGAGCUGGGCACCCGCUGGGAGACUGUGUGCAACCUCUCUGUGUCCAAGCAGGCCCGGCUGGAGCAGGCGCUGUGCCAGGCUGAGGAGUUCCACUCCACGGUGCACAUACUGCUGGAGUGGCUGGCCGAGGCGGAGCAGAGUCUGCGUUUCCAUGGCAGCCUCCCCGAUGACGAGGAGGCUCUGCAAGCACUGAUUGAACAACACAAGGAGUUCAUGAAGAAACUUGAAGAAAAGCGAGUGGCUUUAAAUAAAGCGGCCAGUAUGGGGGAGGCAAUUCUGAGCAUCUGCCAUCCAGACUCCAUCACGACCAUCAAACACUGGAACACCAUCAUCAAAGCUCGGUUUGAAGAGGUGCAAGCUUGGGCCCGGCAGCACCAGCAGCGACUGGCUACCGCUCUGACGGAGCUCUUGGCUACCCAGGACCUGCUGGAGAACCUGCUGUCCUGGCUCCAGUGGGCCGAGACCAACCUCAACAACAAGGACAAGGAGUCGCCGCCGCAGGAGAUCGAGGAAGUCAAACGUCUCAUAGCAGAACAUCAGGCAUUCAUGGAGGAAAUGACCAGGAAGCAACCAGAUGUUGACAAAAUCACAAAGACACACAAGAGGAAGCCUGCUGCAGAGCCGCAAGUCCAGUCCCAGAUCCCCGUGCUUGACAAAGGAAGAGCUGGAAGAAAACGCUCGCCCACGCAAACCAUGUACGCGCCAGCAACGCAGGCUCCCAUCGAGACCAAGAACCCGCAGGUCAACCUGCUGGUCACCAAGUGGCAGCACGUGUGGCUGCUGGCUCUGGACCGGAGGAGGAAGCUGAACGACGCCCUUGACAGACUGGAGGAGCUAAAGGAAUUUGCCAACUUCGACUUCGACGUGUGGAGGAAGCGCUACAUGCGCUGGAUGAACCACAAGAAGUCCCGCGUCAUGGACUUUUUCCGCCGCAUCGACAAAGACCAGGACGGGAAGGUGACGCGGCAGGAGUUCAUCGAGGGCAUCCUCUCCUCCAAGUUCCCCACCAGCCGCCUGGAGAUGAGCGCGGUGGCCGACAUAUUCGACCGGGACGGCGACGGCUACAUCGACUACUACGAGUUCGUGGCGGCGCUGCACCCCAACAAGGACGCGUACAAGCCGCUGACGGACGCCGACAAAAUCGAAGACGAGGUUACACGUCAGGUGGCGAAGUGCAAAUGUCCAAAACGGUUCCAAGUGGAGCAAAUCGGUGCCAACAAAUACCGGUUCUACCUUGGAAACCAGUUCGGUCUGGUUCACUGCUUACAUGACUCCCUAAUCGGCGAUGAGACAAUAGCAAACAGAGAAAAUCAAAAUCUUUCCCCCCACCUGCACGUUGCAGUUUUGGAAAGCUGUAUUCUGUUCGGAGACUCGCAGCAGCUCCGUCUGGUCCGAAUUUUGCGCAGCACUGUGAUGGUGCGGGUGGGAGGAGGUUGGAUGGCGCUGGACGAGUUCCUGGUGAAGAACGACCCCUGUCGAGUUCACCACCACGGGAGCAAAAUGUUGCGCUCGGAAUCAAACUCUUCAAUUACUCAGUCUCCUCUAGGUUGGCAAAUCUCACACUUUCUGUCCUUGCUCCAUGACCCCACCGCUAGUGCUAAGGGCAGGACCAACUUGGAGCUGCGGGAGAAGUUCAUCCUCCCUGAAGGCACCACCCAGGUGAUGGCAAGCUUCCGCUACAGAGGCCGGAGGUCCAGGCCGUCAUCCAGGGGAGCUUCGCCCAACAGAUCCACAUCCAGUCAGAGCUGUCCAGUCCCAGCAAACCCAGCAGUGACCACCACACCCAAGACCCAACAUAUAACCCGCAAUUAUGAUAAGCCCUGGCUUACAAACAGCAAACCCUCCACUCCUCUUAAAUCAUCCGACUCCUUUGAGAGCCAAGAUUCAUCCUCAGAGAAUACACAAGUUCAAGGCAGCAAGUUGCGCCUCCCUGGUUACUUGUCGGGCAAAGGGUUCCAGUCUGGUGAGGAGGGAACGUUGAUCAGUGCUGCUGUAUUGAAGGCUCGAACACAGACAAUAGGUGACCCAAGGAAAAACUCCAGCCGACCUGGCAGCAAAGCCGGAAGCAGAGGAAGCAGCCGCCGGGGAAGCGACGCCUCUGACUUCGACAUCUCGGACAUCCAGUCCGUGUGCUCGGACGCGUCCGAGACGGUCGGCGACUCGACCCGAGCGACGCCGCGCUCCGCGUCCCGCCAGCUCGGCGGGAAACCCUCGAAGAUCCCCACUCCUCAGCGAAAGAGCACCCCUACGAGCAAACUGGCCAAGGGAUCCAAGCGGUAGUCAGUGGCCUUGAAAAGCAACAACCCCAGGAGCUAGUUGCACCCUAAACGGACACUGGAUAUAUCUAACUUAAAAGACUGCAAAUGCGUUGAGUGUUAUUUAAAUUGUUGCAAAGAUGUAAAAUAUUCUGUUGAGGCAGUAUGGUUUAAAAUGAUGUGCGAAUGGAAUGUUAACGGCCUUGUGUACUUGUUUCUAAUGUGUUUUAUUUUUUGUGAAAAUGUCAAAUUGUUUUCAUUGUAUUUUAUUUUAUAGAUGCGAAACCUGUAGAGGUUUGAUGGACACUCGGACACCUGGGAACGACUGUGUUGUUGCGGUUAACUAACAUUUCUACUCACUAAUGAAGGGCGACAUGCAGCCUAGAGCUCUGAGAGUUACUGAAUGUACUGUAAUUUAUGUUUGCUGACGUUUGGCGCAGAUCGAAGACCAUGUGAGACACUGCAAUUAUUUAUUUAAGUGCUUUAAUAUACUGCCAACAAGCAUUUAAAGGGCAAUGCAAUAUACUACAAUAAACUCCACUAAGCACUGCAGAAACCUUUGAAACACACUAUUUAAGACAAGUAGCAGAAACAUUAUAAUCAUGCAGCUUUCGAGUCUUGUUUGUUUGUCGGCAGCAACAGUCCCUGUUUGGUUCGAGCCCCUACUGCCGCGUGUGCGUUGGCCUUGAAUAGGUGCCACUUCAUGUAUACAUUCUCUAGUGCAUCCAUGUCAAUGUCUGGUUAAUUUCGGUAGAGCUGAAAUUGUUACUGUAACAUUACUUUGUAAUAAACCUGCUCGCAGUA